ACCAGAAGCAACACAAGACUCCCAAGAGGGAUAGAUCGAGAUCUCCUUGUUGUUCUCUUAGGCAGCUUUUGUUUACAGUGGUAUCAGGGAGAUCCAUCUCGAGUUAGUUCUCUCCAAGAUGGUUACCGUUGGGCACCCAUUGGUCUUUGCUGUGGGGAUACUAGGAAACAUCUUAUCAUUCUUGGUUAUCCUUGCACCAGUGCCGACGUUUUACCGUGUGUACAAGAAGAAGUCGACGGAGUCGUUCCAGUCGGUGCCGUACGUGGUGGCGCUGCUGAGCGCAAUGCUGUGGCUCUACUACGCGCUGCUCUCCAUGGAUGUCCUCCUCCUCUCCAUCAACGCCAUCGCCUGCGUCGUCGAGUCCGUCUACCUCGCCAUAUACCUCGUCUACGCCCCAAAGGACGCACUGACUUUCACCGUGAAAUUGUUGUGCACCAUGAACGUGGGGCUCUACGGCGCCAUGGUCGCCUUCCUGCAGUUCUACAUCGAGGGCCAGCGCCGCGUCUCCAUCGCCGGUGGCAUCGGCGCCGCCUUCGCCCUCGCCGUGUUCGUCGCUCCUCUCACCAUCAUCCGGCAAGUGAUCAGGACUAAGAGCGUGGAGUUCAUGCCGUUCUGGCUCUCCUUCUUCCUCACCAUCAGCGCCGUCGUCUGGUUCUUCUACGGCCUCCUCAUGAAAGAUUUCUUCAUCGCGAUGCCGAACGUGCUGGGGCUGCUGUUCGGGCUGGCCCAGAUGGCGCUCUACUUGGUGUACCGGAACCCCAACAAGAACGGCGCCGUGUCGGUCCUGCAGGCCAACGACCAGAAGGACCAGCAGCUGCAGGCGCCUCACGUCGCGGCCACCCUCGACGCUGACGGGGAGGUGGUGAGCGCCGACACCGACGGCGCCAAGAAUAGCGUGGUCGUCGAGAUCAUGCCAAUUCCACCGCUGGAGACGGCGCCACCCCCGCGUCCACUGCCGGCGAUGACCGCGCAGACGGCCGUGGAGGUUGUCUGAUUGAGGGAAAGAGUUCGGCAUACGUGGAGCACACACGUGACUGACCUGACUAUUGCUACUUAUAUAAAUGUCUCCUGUGGUGUUCGUACGUAUAAGUUCGUUGUUAAUUUGUCGCCUGUGAUCGGUAGGAUUAGCCAGCUUGUGGGCUAUACUAUCUGAUGUUCCAUGAUUGGAGUUAUCGGAUGCGUGUACUGAUCUGCAUCCGCCAUGCAUGUACGCGCCUCUA